AUGGAUCCGAUGGACUACACCAUGGACGACUCCCACCCGAGCCGACAACAGAAUAACAAUGCUUCCAGAUGUCCAUAUGUACCGCCUCAGCUCCCGAGUCUGAAUUUCGGUUCUCACUCGAGAGAGAAUCAGCACUACGAUCCGGUACACGAUACGAAUUCAUGGCAUACAAGCUCCAGCUCGAAUCUCCCAAACCGCCCUAAUUUCACCUUACCCCAGAAUCCUCCCCAAUGGCAGUCGUCGCCUUACGCACCAGUACAUAGUUGGGACUUUGGUGAAUUUCACCCGGGAAAUCAGCCAUAUCAUUCAGACGUCUACGGGCAAAGAGCUCGAAGUGGGCCGGUGGGUGGUUUAUCAAAUUCAGCAUGGAAUGGCGGUUUCGAGCCAAUGUCGUUUGGUUACAGCGCAUCACAGACGGAACUUGGUAACACCACAAACAACAACGCAAUCUCAAACCAAAACUCCAGUCGAGAAAACUCAAGACUGAACGGAUGGAACUCAUCUGCCGCUGCUAGACAACGACUUACCAUGGAACAGCUUAACAAUAGAUCUCAGCCUUCCCGUACAGAUGUGCCUCCUUUGCUGCACGACCACACGGCGGGCCAGAGAAUGGGUGUCAGCGUGACAGUGACUGAAAGCACUCCUGCCCGACCAUCUCAACCUCCUUCCGAGCCACGGAUAUCAUCAUCGGCCGCACGAAUUACAAGAUAUCAUAGCACGCGAAUGAAUAAUCACUGGAUGGAUGGACCAGCGAGAAUAAGACGAGGCUUGGAUAUCUCCGACGAUGACGAAGAUUCCGAUCUUGAGCGAGAAUCCAAUGAAAUAUAUCGGCGUGAAGAGGAACUAUCUCGGCGUGAAAAUGAACUAGCUCGGCGUGAGGAUGGAAACGAGGAACGUGCUAUGGCCGUGCUUCGAGGUGCGAUAGCUUUGGGCAAAAGGGUACCCUCCAAGGCCGCCAUUGCUUCCCUUCAAGUUGUGAAAGUCGAAGACCUAAAAGAAGCCGACAAGACAUGCAUAAUCUGUUACAACGAAUUUGGGGCUGCAAAUCCUGAAGGUCUGGUGGAACAACCACUCCGAUUGCCGAAAUGCAAGCAUGUAUUUGGAGACACCUGUAUCAAGAAGUGGUUCGAGGAUUCUGAUACUUGUCCAUAUUGCCGCGAUAAGCUUCCGGCGGAGCUUUCGAUGAGCAGAGGAGCCGCCUUGGAAUCUCUGAGGGCCCAACGUGAGCGGUUGGCAGCUGCCAUGCAAUACCGGCGAGCACAGGCAGGCGGUGGCCCUCGAUUUCCAUUCUUACCCGAGGGAACGCUUGAAAGUAGAGAAGCCAACGCCGACCUUCUGUUGCGAAGAGCUGAGGAGUAUGAUCUGGCCCAUAGGACGUCGUUGGAACAUUCAUCUUCGGUUCGAUCAACCUCGGGAGAUUUCAGCGAAAAUCGUAGACGUCAAACACGAGGUCGAAAUGGGAGCAAUCGAGCCGGGCACGCUUUACGUCCCAUGUCUGUAGGGUCUGCAAGAUUUGUAGGCUCCAUGAUGACCCAACAGUCUUCCCCUCAACGAGCACAGGUACCUCCUCUUAGCGAAUGGGCGACGCUAUCGACGAAUUCCCGACCAGGUUCAAAUAUGUCACCAGAGCAUAGGGCGUAUGUGCAGAGAGAGCGUGAUGCAUUUGUUGCUGCGAUGACACGUACCAGACAGACCGGAGGGGAAACGGCGCCACAAGUGAACCCUCUGCAAACUCCUCCUCGAAAUCGGCCAUCGAGUUCAUUCUCCUCUCCCUCGGAGCAACCUUCCCCGCCAGUUGUAAUUGGGUCGAGUGAGAUGAUUCCAAAUAGGCGUAGUCAAGAAUCAGAUUAUGGGCAGCACGAUGAAACACCCGACUUGAUGAACGAUACUUGGGGCACCGGACCUUUAUUUACCAACUCGGGUAGAGCAGCUUCUCCAACACCUCAAAGUUCGGCACCCACUCGAAAUAUAUCAGCGGACGCUCCUCCAUUUCACCCGAUGAACAGCGAUGCCAACGCAGGUAAUCAACUUUACGGAGCCUCAGGUGAAUAUCUCCUACGGCAGAACAUGAAUGGGAUGGGUGGGGCUGCCCAACCACGGUGGUCUCAAUAA